AAGUGAAACGCUCUCAUUUCCGCUGCAGCAGCCUCAACGGUCACGUCAAAAAUAAAAGGAAAAUGUGGACGGAAAGGACGAACUGAGGCUGGCCGAGCAGCGUCUACCACCGAUCCGCAGGCCGUUCCCCGUCGUCAGGCGUCGUUACUAAGCGGCUGUUUUUAUUCAAAGCUGCCGAAGGGACAUUUAAACGGGGGUUUAAGGGUCGUUUUGAGGUGAACGCGUCCCCCUUGUUUGCUGAGUUAGCCAGCGUUUAGCCAGCCCCGCUGCUAGAGAUGGGGACGAGAGCGAGUCGCCUCCAGGAGGACCCGGUUCCCUCUCCGUUCGGGAAGGACGGCACAAAGCGGGAUUCCUACCGGAGAACCCGGUGCGCCAGGCCCACCAGCCUCGUCGUCGAUUUCUCGGUGAGCUUCGAGGAAACGGAGCCCAACCGGAGCCGCUCCGAGGAGGGCAGCGACUCGGACUUGGGGCAGCAUGGAGGGGCGAGUGCCGACGGCAGCCCCACCGACCACCGCAGCGCCCCCUCCGGCAUUAGCCAGGCGUCCCCCGGCGACGACGACAACAACAGCGAGGGGAAACCCGAGGAGGACGGCGGCGUGAGCCCGCAGGCCCCCGCCGAGGCGGAGCGCCAAGCCGGGGAGGGAACAGGCCGCACGCCGCACCGCACUUUUUCCGAGCGGCUCCCCGGGAAUCGGCACUCUUCCGCCCGCAGCGUUGGCGCAAGGUCCGCCCGGGUCCGCGGCACACACCAGCGGCCGGUGUCAGAAGCCUGGAUCGGCCUCUACCGUGUGAACAACCGGCACGGCAGUAUUCGCUGUCCUUUCUGCACAAAGCCUUUCCCCAGCGGUCGGAUCGAGGAUCACCUGCUGAGCUGCCUGACGUCUCCUCCGCUACCUUACAACACGGAUGUGCUCAGUAAAGACAGCGGAGAGUGCUCCAUCUGUUUGGAGGAUCUGGUGCAGGGGGAGACCAUCGCCAGGCUGGCUUGCCUCUGUGUCUACCACAAAAGCUGCAUCGAUUCCUGGUCCAAGGUGAAGCCCUGCUGCCCCGAACACCCCUUCGAUUGACUCGCGGGUCAGGUGUCUGAAGCCCAGCGACCAGCUCGACUCAGGAGACAACACCGAAUCCCAACAAAAAUCACAAUAAAAGUCAUGAACUGAACGAGCAAAAUUCAUGUUUCCUUCUCAGAUGUAAAAGUUGGCGGCUUCGCUCAGCGGGAUCCGGCGCGCUCCUCCUGGAUCGAUCCGUUCACACUCGACCUGCCAAAUGCCGACGUUAAACCAGCUGCUCUGUCUAAUCUGUUAAUAAUCCAGAUGUCUGUGUGUGGGGGGGGGGGUUGGACCGGAAGUGCUGACGCUCCCCGUCUCCUCUGUGGACUUGUAUCACUGCGGUCAUUUAAAUAUUAUCACUUAAGGAAACCAGCGGGACGACUGAGUCUCAGCGACCGGCGCCUCUCCGGUGCGUUUCUGUCUCCCUUCGGAGCAGGACGGUUCAUUUUUAUCAAGUAUUUAGCAAAAAAAAAAAAAAAAGUAUUUAUCCAGGUCGUGUAUCGGAUGAAUGUUCCUUUUCUUCAUCUUACUCCUGAAAUUAACCAAAUCUUCAGCUGUUACGUUACAAAUGCUCUUCUGGGGGGGAUGGAUUGAGAGCUUGUUUCUGGUGAAAAGGGGGCUGCUGCUACUCUUUAUUUUCUGUUACCUUUAAACAUUUCAGGGGUAGUUUGGGGCCUUUUUUUUUUUUUUUUUUUUUUUUGUAGUUUUUCUCCCCAAUCAAUGGCUAUUUGUUUGUUACUGUGCUGCGUGGUGUUUGUUCAGGAAGAGUAAAGGCGUUUCAGUAGCACCAUGUUGGCACCAACUGGAGCACUUUUUGUCCGUUUUAUUUUUAAUUUUCUUGCGAUUUGCGAUAACAUUGAGCGUGUUUGGGCCUGGUUGAUGACAACGGGGGGGCUGAUAUGUGUCCUGUGUUUAUCUGUAUAUACAAUAAAGUGUGUGUUUGUUGUGAACCGCGCAGAGGUCUGCGUGGUUGGUGAGCAGGCCCUUCCGUUUGGACUUUGGUACUUUUUGCGAAUGCGGUUUGGGUUUUCAUCCCCUUCUCCUCCUGUUGUCAAAAAAUGGUCACUGGGGUGCUGCCUGGAUUCCUCUUCUUCUUCUUUUUUUAUUUUUUUUGGACCAGGGCCGAAUUGACAGGCUUGCCAGUGCCAGAUCGGGCCAUGAUGUAUUUUCGGGGGCAUGUUUACACCAUGUGGCAUCCGCCUCUCCUGGCAACGCUGGAGGCUAUGGACAGCUGAUGGUUAAUAAUUACAUAAGCAGCAGGCGCCCCCCCUUCCUUUUCCACUCUGUCGUUUUUAUUUCCAGGACUUCAGCUAAGAUUUUGUCAUACUUUUCAUGACUUUUGCCAAAUGCGUCAAGGGGCUUUCCUUUGCCUUUUUUCUGCGAGCUGAUUUGCCUUCUUGGGGUGUGAGGGGCUCUGAAGUGGAGCCCAGCACCGAGGUGGUGCACAGGCCAGUGAAACAAACAAAUUGUAUUAUUAUUAUUUUAUUUUUUUCUGUCUGUUUUGUAAGUUUUUAACUCAGACGGAUCGGUUCAGAGGGCCGGAACAGCUUUCUGAUGUCUCUGUGUUUUUUUUAUGUUUUUCCUCUUCUGGUCCACUGUUCUCUGCAGUCUGAGGUGCUACGACCCGCCACUAGUGGGCAGCGCUGUGCAUGUUUCUCUUUUUAUAUUGAUAUAUACAUUGGAGAAUUUUAAAAAAAGGAAGAAAAAAAAAAGUUGCCAAAAGUGUGUCUGUGUAUCAGGAUCGAUGUGUGAGCGCGUGCUGAAGACGAGGUGCAUUGGACAUUAGGUGUUACAUUCAUUGUAGAGGUCAGUUAUGAUGUUGUAUACUCUGGCUGGGACGGGUGGGGCUGUUUGUUUGUGCUUAUGGAGGCUGGAUUGUCAACAAAGACGACAGACAAUCCUAACCCCCCCCGCCUCCUACAUUACUCUCAUUUACUUUGUUACCCUCUCUAAGCUGUGUGGUGCAAUACCUCAGUUAUUUUCUAUUUUAUUUCUUUACCAAUGCUAACUAAAUGCUCUGUGUGUAAACCAGCUUUUUUCCCCCCCCAAGGCCUCCCUCAAAGAUUUGGCUUUGAAACACGGGGCUCCGUGUGCGCCUCGCGACUCUCAAACAGACGUGAUUUACGUGAGAACGUUUUAAAAGGGGUCAAAGCGGCUGUAAUCUGCGUCCUCGGGAGACGGACAAUCUGCCUUGGCUCUGGUAUAAAAACAAAUUGAACUUUAUUUAUUAUUAAAUUGUAAAUAUGUAAUACAGUUCAAGAAAAUGGCUUGGUCCUUGUCUGUUCAAUUAUACUGUUUCUAAGCUCUGAUCUUUUGUAUGUCUCAAGAAAUUGUUUUUAUAUGUAUUUUUUACAAUAAAUAUGUGUGAGAAGUC